CCAUUCGCAGCAGUUGGAACUAUACAAUCACAAAAAUCUAUAUCUGAAAAACCCUUUUCAAUCCAAAUCACAAAAUGUGCAAAUUGAGUCUGUGUCUCUUGUUGGCCGUCUUUGGUUGCCUGGUGGCCGAUAGUUUGGCGGGCGUGGUACGUGGUGCCGAUGUACAUCGCGAUAUUAUUGUGGUAAAGAAUGUGCGCGAUUUCGUCGCCCAGCAUCCGGGCCUGAAGAUGCAGCGUCUGGUGAAGCAGCCAGCUGGUCGGGCCAACGAGCAGUCCGUUCGCUAUACGCUCGGCGCUCGCAUCUCCGGCGACAGACUGGUUGCUCAGGGCGCCGAUGUGUUCCACUAUCAGGCACGCAAGGACGUUAGCCUGCAGAUAACGUAUCCGGAGUCGGGCGCUGGAUCCAUUGUGACCUUUGUGGAGCUGAUUUGCACCCAGGAUAACAACGAGGGCAAUGCCUAUGUGGUUGCCGGCGGCAUCGGCCAGCGCUUCAUAUCGAUUGUGCUGGAGGCUAAGCAGACCGAGAACUUCGCCUACCAGGCGCAAUACUUUGGUUCCGAUUAAGCGAACUGACAACUGAGCCUUAUUCUAAGUUAACCUUCCCAUUAUUUUUUUUGUCUAAUUACGUUGCUUUUCCUUUCAAACGAUAAUCGUAUUGUCCACUAUAAAUGAAUUACUAUCUAUAAA